GCCGUCGACCUUGACGACCCUGUACGGCAGCACCAUGGGUCCGAUCGACGCAAGGCUAACACUGCGAUUGAACUAGAGAUAUUUCAGGGAACAGGAUGACGGCGCUGCCGACUUUUGCCCCCAACAGCAACUUUACCAUCCUAAACAUGUCGAUGAAUGCGUUUCCGUGGACUGGAGAGUCAUCGUUCCCGGCGUCCGUCGCGGCUCUAAAUCUAUCUGGCACCCCCAUUCAAAACGCAGCACUCAAUGCCUCGCUACUUCCUCCCACGUUGGUCACCCUCGAUGUGAGCAACUGCGGAAUCAAAACCAUCACAGGAGACCUUCCACCUGCCCUCAAGUCCCUACGGCUCGAUCGGAACGACCUCGAAACGUGGGUCAUGUCGAGCGCCACCUUCCGAGCACUCUCGGUUCUCCCAGACCUUGUCAUGCCCACCCUGGCCAGCAGCAUGUUUAAAUGUCCCGACAGCCGCACCAAGUACCUUCCGAAUCAAAACUACCCCGUGUGUAUCCAAGACUCGUUGACGAAUGGCACAACGCCCGAUCCACACGCGCCGUCUUUGACAAAUUACGCCGCCUAUGCCAUCGUCGGCGGCAGCCUCAUCGUCGUCCUUUUGGUCGGCGGAUACAUGUGGCUCCAACGCCGUCGGGACGAGCGCAGCAGUAGCUUUGACAAGACCGACCCGAUGGCCCAACAUGUAGCAUCGCACGAGUAUUUGAACUUGGGCACGUCCAAGCGCCACGAUCUCAGUGACGAAUUCAAUCAAUUUCGUAUCCCGAUGCGCGAAGUCAACAUCAUCAAGCCGCUCGUUCGGCCCGACCACGUCGCGUAUGCUGGUGCCCGCACUAUGAUUUACAAGGCCCAAUUCAACGAGCGCAUGGUGGUGCUCAAGACCCUGACGACGGACGGCUCGGCCGCGGAGGCUGGCAGUGACGCCACCGAAGCGUUUGUGCAGCACAUUCGACUACGGUCGACGCUGGACCACCCGAAUAUCGUUGGGUUUUUGGGGAUUGUGUGGGACAAUCACGCGAAGAUGGCCGUCUCGGGCUACGGGCUGCUGCUAGAGUACAUUGGUCAUGGAGACCUCGGCCGACUGUUGGCGUUUGAUGCGGCAAAGGACCCGACCGAACGAGUCCUCCAGUGGCGGCCCGUGCUGCCAGAGGGCGUGUCCAAGCUAAGGCUGCUGCAGCAAGUCGCUUCGGCCAUCGUGUACUUGCACUCGUUUUCGCCUCCAGUGCUCCACCGCAACCUCCAUGCGAAGAGCGUCCUCUUGAGCGAGUCGUGGGACGCCAAACUGAGUGGCUUCAAGACGGACCCGGCGUGGCAUCCGUCCGAUUUGAUCAGUCCGCCUGAAGCGCUGCGGGGCGAAGCAUGGACCGAGAAGGCGGAUAUUUAUGCGUUUGGAAUCCUCAUGUGCGAAAUCGACUUGGGCCGCCACCCGUACGUGAACGACAAGAACCCAGACAACGACCACCAAAUUGCGACGUUGGUCAAGGCGGAUUUACUCCAGCCGACGUUCACCGUCGAUUGUCCCCUCGACGUUCAAGACAUUGCGAAGAAGUGCCUGACUUUUGAUCGCAAGCGGCGCCCGGCGGCCGUCGAGAUGGAGUUUUGGCUGCGCAAGCUCGUUCGGGCCAUCUCGAGUGGGACGUGAUGGCCGACGCACUGGACGAUUCAAAUUGUCGCAACAAGGAUGCCUCGUGUGUGCAUAUGCCGACGACGACUUUCCCGAGAGUGGGUCCGGGACACGUGAUUCUGAGAAUGUCGUGCGCGCCAUGUCUCCGUCGGCACGUUCGCAGGAAUGCAAUGUGGAUCGCCCGUGCAUGCCAUCUCCAAUACAACACAGUUGUCCCAUGCGAUCGAGUCGGUCGACAUCGCGUCCGAGUCUUCCGAGGAAGGGACAGAAGGAGAUGCUUUCCCCCUUGCCUAGGUCGAUCGUGAGUGACCAUCUCAGAACGUGACAGAUGGCUCGUCUUGCGUGCGGUCGGGCGAGAGCCCUAGUGUCCAAGGGACAGCGCCGCCACGUGUGGGGUCGUGACAUGUUUCAUUCCGUCGCGUCCAC